GCGGGCACGGCGCGCACAAUGGCUAGAGCCGGCGGCGGGGCCGGAGCCCCACCCAGUGCCGAGCGCGCCGCGAGCCGCGCCGCACGCUGAGCGCCUCCUCCCGCCGAGCGCGCCGGCGCCGGGCCAUGUACUCGGGGAACCGCAGCGGCGGCCAGGGCUUCUGGGAGGGCGGCGGGGCCGCGGGCGCUGAGGAGCCGACCCCGGAGGGGACGCUGAGCCCGGCGCCGCUCUUCAGCCCGAGCGCCUACGAGCGCCUGGCGCUGCUGCUGGGCUCUAUCGGUCUGCUGGGCGUCGCCAACAACCUGCUGGUGCUGGUCCUCUACUACAAGUUCCCUCGGCUCCGCACUCCCACUCACCUCUUCCUGGUCAACGUCAGCCUCAGCGACCUGCUGGUGUCCCUCUUCGGGGUCACCUUUACCUUCGUGUCCUGCCUGAGGAACGGCUGGGUGUGGGACACCGUGGGCUGCGUGUGGGACGGGUUUAGCAGCAGCCUUUUCGGGAUUGUUUCCAUUGCUACCCUAACUGUGCUGGCCUAUGAACGUUACAUUCGUGUGGUCCACGCCAGAGUGAUCAAUUUUUCCUGGGCCUGGAGGGCCAUUACCUACAUCUGGCUCUACUCGCUGGCAUGGGCAGGAGCACCCCUUCUUGGCUGGAACAGGUACAUCCUGGAUGUGCACGGACUAGGCUGCACUGUGGACUGGAAAUCCAAGGACGCCAACGAUUCCUCCUUUGUGCUUUUCUUGUUUCUUGGCUGCCUGGUGGUGCCUCUGGGCGUGGUAGCCCAUUGCUAUGGCCAUAUUCUAUAUUCCGUUCGAAUGCUUCGUUGUGUUGAAGAUCUUCAGACAACACAAGUAAUCAAGAUUUUAAAAUAUGAAAAGAAAGUGGCCAAAAUGUGCUUCUUUAUGAUAUUUACCUUUCUGGUCUGCUGGAUGCCUUUUAUUGUGAUCUGUUUCUUAGUGGUUAAUGGUCAGGGACAUCUGGUCACGCCAACAGUGUCGAUUGUUUCCUAUCUCUUGGCUAAAUCAAACACUGUAUACAAUCCAGUUAUUUAUAUCUUCAUGCUCAGAAAGUUUCGUAGAUCACUUUUGCAGCUCUUAUGUUUCCGACUGCUGAGAUGCCAGCGCCCUGCUAAAGACCUACCAGCAGCCGAGAGUGAAAUGCAGAUCAGACCUAUCGUGAUGUCACAGAAAGACGGGGACAGGCCAAAGAAAAAAGUGACUUUUAACUCUUCUUCCAUCAUUUUUAUCAUCACCAGUGACGAAUCACUAUCAGUUGACAACAGUGACAAAACCAGUGGGUCCAAGGUUGAUGUAAUCCAAGUGCGUCCUUUGUAGGCAAU